AUGGCUACUACUACUACUACUACUACUACUACUACUACUACUACUACUACUACUACUACUACUACUACUACUACUACUACUACUACUACUACUACUACUACUACUACUACUACUACUACUACUACUACUACUACUACUACUACUACUACUACUACUACUACUACUACUACUACUACUACUACUACUACUACUACUACUACUACUACUACUACUACUACUACUACUACUACUACUACUACUACUACUACUACUACUACUACUACUACUACUACUACUACUACUACUACUACUACUACUACUACUACUACUACUACUACUACUACUACUACUACUACUACUACUACUACUACUACUACUACUACUACUACUACUACUACUACUACUACUACUACUACUACUACUACUACUACUACUACUACUACUACUACUACUACUACUACUACUACUACUACUACUACUACUACUACUACUACUACUACUACUACUACUACUACUACUACUACUACUACUACUACUACUACUACUACUACUACUACUACUACUACUACUACUACUACUACUACUACUACUACUACUACUACUACUACUACUACUACUACUACUACUACUACUACUACUACUACUACUACUACUACUACUACUACUACUACUACUACUACUACUACUACUACUACUACUACUACUACUACUACUACUACUACUACUACUACUACUACUACUACUACUACUACUACUACUACUACUACUACUACUACUACUACUACUACUACUACUACUACUACUACUACUACUACUACUACUACUACUACUACUACUACUACUACUACUACUACUACUACUACUACUACUACUACUACUACUACUACUACUACUACUACUACUACUACUACUACUACUACUACUACUACUACUACUACUACUACUACUACUACUACUACUACUACUACUACUACUACUACUACUACUACUACUACUACUACUACUACUACUACUACUACUACUACUACUACUACUACUACUACUACUACUACUACUACUACUACUACUACUACUACUACUACUACUACUACUACUACUACUACUACUACUACUACUACUACUACUACUACUACUACUACUACUACUACUACUACUACUACUACUACUACUACUACUACUACUACUACUACUACUACUACUACUACUACUACUACUACUACUACUACUACUACUACUACUACUACUACUACUACUACUACUACUACUACUACUACUACUACUACUACUACUACUACUACUACUACUACUACUACUACUACUACUACUACUACUACUACUACUACUACUACUACUACUACUACUACUACUACUACUACUACUACUACUACUACUACUACUACUACUACUACUACUACUACUACUACUACUACUACUACUACUACUACUACUACUACUACUACUACUACUACUACUACUACUACUACUACUACUACUACUACUACUACUACUACUACUACUACUACUACUACUACUACUACAAUCAUACAUUUAUUUUUGUUGUAUAAUGAUUGA